AUGGUGCAAAUGAAGAGAGACAUGGUGCAAAUGAAGAGAGAUAUGGUGCAAAUGAAGAGAGACAUGGAUAGCAAGUUUACUUUAAUUGAUUCAAGAUUUGUUACACUCGAGCACAGUCAUUUAUGUGUGUUUAAUGUUGUUAGAAGGUCGGUUGGGUACGAUGCUGUGAGUGUGCCAUUCUUGAAUAGGGAAGAAAACCAAGAAGAAUUACCCCCAGUUCUGUCUGUGCAAGACAUUGAUAGAUUAACGAAAGAACAGUGCCAGAAAUACUUGAGAGGAUACAAUGUUCAGUUUCAUCCAAAUGAAACCAUCAAGCUAAAGGAAAGAUUACGUGAUUCUAUAGGUUUGCUUGCUAGUCCUGACCGUGAUUAUCAAUUUGCAUCUUUUUCCACCUAA